GUGCAACUGUUUCAGAAGUCGUGGCUUACUCGAUGGUAGAGAGCUUUUGGCUGAUCAGUGCAGAAUUACGAAAGCACAGCAUCGCACGCUGCUUUAGGAACUAGCGGGAAUCUGCCACGCGUUUUUCGUCGCGACGAUAUUUUUGGCGGGAUUCUUUUUAUUAUUUCAAUAUUAGAGAAGUUGAUACCUAAAGUUGAGAAACUAAUAUAAUAUGAACUUAACAUGGUUAAUAAAAAUAUGUUUGUGGUAAUUUUGAACGUUUCUGAGUGAGAUGUAUCUAAAAUAUUAAUAAUGAAGUUUUUUUAUACAGUUUUUUAGAAGGACAUGAGAAUUAUGAGUUUAACGUUCGUGUUUUUUUAUACGAUUUCUAGUUUUUUUGCUUGCUGUUUGGGUAUACUCAGUGGAGGUUCCGUGUUCAGUAGUCAUGGAUCUCCCAGAUUUAUAUCUAGAGGAAAUACUUUCAAAGUUGUUACUGGCGAUACAGUGGUACUGCCGUGUGAGAUACAAAAUUUAGGUCCAUUCGUGAUAGUAUGGAAACGCGGAACGACAUUAGUUAGUGCUGGACAACAACUAAUAAGCAUGGAUCCCCGAAUAUCCUUGAUUGGUUAUAAUUUACAACUUAAAGAUAUUCGACACGCUGAUCAAGGGGACUAUACGUGCCAAAUUGGAGACGGUUCCCAAGGGGAUCUCAUACACACAAUAGAAAUAUUAAUGCCACCCAGUAUUCAAAUACUUCCUCCAAGUGGACAAGUUGUUACGAGGAAAGGAGGUCCAGUUUCUUUUGAAUGCAAAGCGAACGGAAAUCCUACACCCACAGUACAAUGGUCUAAAAAGGAUGGUUUGUUGCCUUCUGGACACCAAGUGGAAACUGGUUAUUUACUAAACCUGAAUGAUGUUCAGAGACAAGAUGCCGGCGUCUAUCAAUGCACAGCAUCCAACGGCAUUGGACAACCGGUUACUGGAGAAAUUAAGCUUCAUGUACUGUAUCCCCCAGAAGUUAGCGUCAUAAAAUCUUGGGUAAAUGCUGGAGAAGGAGGCGAAGCUAAACUUGAUUGUGUAGUCCAUGCUGAUCCACCAGCAGAGGUAACAUGGUACCAAGAUUCUUUCAUUCUUCAGCCUACAGACCGCCGAACUAUGUCUAAAAACGGCAAUACUCACACUUUGACAAUUCGAAACGUUCAAUCAUCAGAUUUUGGAAACUACAGUUGUACGGUAUCGAAUUCAAUAGGAAGAGAUAAACGAUAUAUGGAACUAUCAGGAAAACCGGGACCAGCAAAAAUCAUCAGUGGCCCAUAUUCUAAUCCACACGAAUAUGAUUUAAAAUGGGUGGUACAAUCUGUAUUCCCCAUCAUCGAAGUCAGGAUACUGUACAGGAGAAUCAUGUCCAAUGCUUCAUACCAUCACCCUGGACAUUGGCAUGACGUCGUAGUGAAGCCUGCUCAAACUUAUAAUCCAGCAAAUAGUGAGAGAACUCAGCGUUACAAAUUAACCAACCUGUUUCCUGACUCAGUAUAUGAAUGCUUGAUUCAAACCAAGAAUCAACAUGGUUUUGGUGAACUUUCCGACCUUCAUCAGUGGUCGACUUCUCCAAGAGGUCGAUUCAUAGUGCAAAGCGGUAGUGGUAAUAUUAGAAAACUGUCUUUGAAAAUUAUAACUAUUAUAUGGAUAACGAUUUGUAUCGUAGAUAUUUUUAUAAUAUAAGAUAUUUCAUCUUACAUUGAGGCAUUAUUUUUGUAUUAUAUUCAAAAUGUUGAUAUUUAACUAUUUGUUUGUAAUAUAUUUGAUGGGUUCAAUCAUUAAGCAUAUAAAAUUAUUGAUUGUGAGUUUUUUUUUAGAAAACUGUACUAUUUUGUGAAAAUUACCAAAUCAUUUAAAAUAAACUGAUCCAAUGUUGCUGCCUUAUUUUCGAAGAAAUAUACAAACUGGUCCUCCAAGCUUGAAGUCAAAAUUUCCAAAAUACUACUAACCGGUUUGUCAUAUUUUAGCUCUUGGGUCAAUGUUUCUUAUCCUUGAUCCAGUUGAUCCAAAACCAUCAAGUUAACAGGUACUAUUGCCUAUACAAUUGCGAUCAAAAGUUUCACUCCCAAUUCUCCAUUUUCUAAAUAUAGUGUCACGAAUUAAGAAAGACUUCAUUGUUUUGUAUCUUAACUCUUGAAAAUUGUAUCUUGGGGCCUCGGUGCAUGCUUAUCCGAUUCUAUUUUCUCUCGAGUAAGCCAUUUUGUUAAAAAAUUUUCCAUCUCUAAUAGGAAAAAACUCAUCCUUAAGCUUAUCAAGCUAGACGGGCAAGUAAUCGAGUGGAGGAAAAUAGAAGAAAAUAACGGAAAUUCACACUACACAGUAAACUUCUCUGGAACAAACAUGAAAAAGAGAUAAUCCACAAAGCCAAAAAUUCUCUGAUGGUGUGUAUAAACUUCGCAGAGAGGAAUCAUCACAUAUGGGACAGUGGUUUGGGGUACUAGAACUAGUCUGCAUACCAUGAGGAACAAUCUCUCAAAGGUGCAAAGACUGGCUUGCUCAUGUGCAAGUGGAGCCAUGAAAUCUUGCCCUUCAGCUGCACUAGGAGUGAUUCUAAAUCUUCCACCUCUUCAUAUAGUACUGGAAAGCGUAGCUGAGAAAACAUCACUUGGAAUGUUCCGAGACGUAAUCAUCAAAGAAAAUCCGCUCCUAAAAAAAGACCAGCCCUGAGUCAUGCCUCAGGAUGCUACAACGUAAAAUUUAAACUUUGAGAAAAACUUCACCUCAAUAAUAAGCUGUGAAAGCAAAUAUGAUCAAAAAUACCAUACAGGAAAUGAACAGAAAUGCCAUUAAAUCGGAUCAAAAACAGCAGACGGAACUAGAUUAGAAGUGUGCGGGCACAGAAUCUAGCACUCUGAAAUCCUGGGGAGCGCACCACGCAUUUUUCAAGCAUAAAUCUAUGCAAUUAGAGCUCUAAGUUCCAAUAUCUUAAAAUCCAAACUCGUUUGGAUUUGAAGCAUUGGAAUGGAUUCCGGGACACACCGGAGCGAAGGGAAUUGAAAUAGUUGAUAAGCUCGCUAAGGCCGAGGGAGACAAGCCCUUCAUGGGACCCGAACCCUUCUGUGGUAUCAGCUACUGAAUAAUGGAAAAAGCAGUUGAAAAGAAGGUAGAUACAAACAAAACCAAUUAUUAGGGCAACCUACAGGGACUCAGAGAGGCAAUUACUCUUUUGGGAAACUAUAACCAGAGUAGAUCUGCUGAACGUAUGGACCUAGAUAAGAAGAAUCUACGAAUACUACAGGAGACCUAUCGGGGCACUGUCGCUUUAACAAACACCUGAAUAUACUAGGCUUAGCAGAUAAUGCGGUGUGCAAGUUUUGUUGCACAGACGACGGAAUCACUAUCCACAUUCUCUCGAAGUGUGAAACACUAAUUAAGUCCAGAGCUCUACACCUCGAAAUAGAAGACGAAUAUCUCUGGCAAUUUAAGCCAAUCCACAUUCUAGACUUUUUGAAAGGAGAGCGAUUGUUGGAUCUGCUAUAAACACUGGGUUCUCCAGUACCGCAGCAACAAACUCUGGAUCAUUUUUCGUGAAUCGCCUUGAGUGUCGACGAAUUAGACUUUCUUGACUCCAACAAUUAGUUAUCGUCGAGAUCUCAAUAUGACAACUAUUAGGGAUAAGGGUACAGGACAGUAUAAUUUUGCUUGAAUUGGUCCGACAAAAUUAAUGUAUGGGGGAUUGAAAGUAUACAUUUUGAUAGUAAGAGUACAGUAGAGGUAAGAAAUGACUUUGCGUCUUCGUAUUAAGCGGUUUUCACUCCUCCAUUUUUAUCAAUGUUAUCUUCUUAUCAAUUUCAAUUGUCUGGCUCAAAAAUUAGAGUUAAAAUACGACAAAUUCAACAAAAUUUUGAGCACUAUUUAAGCAAAAUUAGUAGUAAGUAAAGUUUGACAAAAUUGAUGUGUUUUCAGUGAGAAAUAAUGUACCAAAUGUGGAAUAUUUGAGAACGAACCUGGCGGACGAGAAGAAAAUAUUAUUGGGCAAAAUAUAUUUUUUGAUAAAACCAAACAAUUAGCAUAUAGAACUCCAUCAACGUUCAACAUUUGUUUGUAAAUUUUAACGUUAAUCAAAAAUAAACAUAGCUCAUUACCUGGUAUUCAAAUUACUUUAAUUGUUUGUGUGGUUUUGAAUUUGUAAAAUUUUUCGUGUUGUUACAUAUUUUGUUCCCGAUUCGUUGUUGUUACUAAGAAGUCAUGCGCGGGAGACCUAGCGUCGAUCUCUACGUCGUAGAAUAACCAAUCUUGUUAAUUAUUUAAUCAUAAAAUUAGUUAUUCCAGCUAAAUAGUUAUAUCCGUUCCAAUAAUUUUUGCAUUCAUAAAAUUCAACACCAUACAUUGGUUUGAUCAUGAGAGACAAAACAACUAGAAUUAAUAAACCAUAUUCCACCCGUAUAUCGUAAAAUUGUUUAUAUUGCAGAAUGUUCCGCUUGUUGGAAAUAUUUUUCGCAAAAUAGUAUCUACAGCUAAGUAGCUUAUGUCCGAUAAUCGAUUAAAAGGUUUUCCAUGCUUUUUGAUCGGCAAUGAAUCAAAAGACUCAAAAUAUAUAGCUACUUAUUUUAGAAUCAAAGUAGAAUAAACUAACCAUUAUCAAAAAACAAA